GCCCUGAGAUGAAAUUUCAGAAAUUGCCAUAUCGUCUCUCUCAGAGAAAGCUCUCUCUCUCUCUCUCUCUCUCAUCUGUGUUCAUAUAUUGCCAACGAGCUUUGGAGCUCUCACGACACGAAGGUUUUUUGGGAAUCUUAUUGAAGAUCUAAGGUUAGAAACCGAUCACGAUGGCAGAAUCAAGGGAUCGUCUGGAUAGACCAGUUGAUUUUUCUGCAGCAUUCCUCAGCAGACGUCAAAAUGGUAUUUUACUCAACGAGUCAGCUUCGCGGCUCGUUAUGUCUGAAUCUCCUGUUCAGAGAUCACCAUUUGGAACUGCUGGGAGUACUGCACUUAGGCCCACUGGAUCGAGACCUUUGGUUCGUAGAGGAGGGUUUGCCAGGCGGCUUGGAAAUCGGAGAGGUCUAACCCCUUUUCGAUUGCCACAUGGAAGGGAGAAUACCCCUGUUGGGGCUGCCAGGCACAGAAGGGGACGCGUUUCAACCAGUGUUUUACCUUCUUGGUAUCCAAGAACGCCCCUCCGUGACAUUACAGCGAUCGUAAGGGCUAUUGAGAGGAGAAGAGCAAGUAUGAGAGGGGUCGAUGGCCGAGAACUCGAGACUCCAACUCCUCAACGAGUAGGAGAUCUCGAUUCUCCAUUACCGCAGUCAGGUGCUCAGCUCGAGCACAACAGCUCUAUGGUCACUCCUGCUCCAGCCAUGGGACUGAAACGUAGCUGCCCAACUCCUUCCACAGCCCACAAUGUCCACAAGAUACUUCUUGAAAUCACCAAUGAGCAUUGUGGAGAAGCAGAGUUCCUCACACCAGAGAAGAAGGUGCUUAACUCCAUUGACAAAGUGGAGAAGGUUGUGAUGGAAGAGAUUCAGAAACUAAAUAGCACUCCUACUGCAAAGAGGGCAGAGCGCGAGAAAAGGGUUCGGACACUAAUGUCAAUGCGGUGAACCCAUUUUUUUUUCCAUUCUUGAAAAAAGAGAGAGGCUGUGAUCUUCAGAGGGGAGACGACUCCUCGACCGAGUACUCAUCGUCUGAUGAAUUCAGAAAAGGGUAGAGAUGGAUCAUCCACUGGUGAUGUAUGUAUAUAUGUGUAUAUAUAUAUAUAUUAUGCCCAUGAGCUUUUGCAGAUGGAUCAUCCGCUGGAGGUUAUCAUUUUCUGAUGAUAUCAUAUCGCUCGGAGGGUCAAUCAUCUUCUUGGAUGAUAUCUCAGGAGAAUCACCAUUUUCCCCGAUGAUUACAGAAGGUACCACAUUGACAUUACCAUUUACCACAUUCUGUUCUAAUUCUUUGGACAUCUCAUUUUGUAGCUUCUACCUUUAGGUUUCUUGUCUUUUUUGUUUUUUUGUUUUUUUUUGUGCUUUGUAAAAACAUGUGAGGAUAUGAAUAUGCUUCUUUGGUCGAAUGGAUCAAAUUACGGUUGUGAAUGUUUGAUAUUCGUCGGCCCAUUAA